CAUUUCUUAUCUUCAUUCCCAAGCCAAGAAAAUUCCACUUUCAAAAUAGAUAGAGGUUUGAGAAGACAAAGUCAUUGCAGCAGCUAACCAAAGGAAGAGUCAGUAGACAAAUGGCCGCUUCAAGUGGCGUAGGGAUUUUAUGGCAGUCGAAUUUUACUCAGUGUCAAAGACCCACAUUGGUUUUCUCUACAUCACCCCGCCGAUGCAUUCCAUGUUAUUCUUCUACUGCAACUACCAUCAGGAUGACUGUUUCAGUUGGUGAAAAACAGAAAACCUUUACUCUUCAAAAGUCUGAAGAAGCUUUUAAUAAAGCUAAGGAGUUGAUGCCAGGUGGUGUAAAUUCUCCUGUACGUGCUUUCAAGUCAGUUGGCGGACAACCUGUUGUGAUCGACUCUGUGAAGGGUUCUCAUAUGUGGGAUAUAGAUGGUAAUGAGUACAUUGAUUAUGUCGGUUCAUGGGGGCCAGCUAUCAUUGGUAAUGCAGAUGAUGAGGUGUACUUCUUUGCUUUAACUCCAUAUUUAGAUGAAAAUUUGGAUAACCACCAUUCAUUUCCUUGGCCACGCCCGUUAGCGGGAUUACCUGCUUUCUGCUAGAAACCUGGUAUUUGGACUCCCGACUCCCUACCUGUACCUGCUGCAUUUCUUGUUCUCAUAGUGGGUUGAAGUAGAAAAUUGAAGCCUGUUCCACCGUGAAGUUCGGCUCUAAUUUAUUAGUAAAUCAAUUAAUCAACAAUGUCUCGUUCCCAAAUUAGUUUGGGUGGACUACAUAAUGCUAGUGAGUAAAUUAUGCUCUACUCAGGUUUGUUUCAUUCCAAUAUUAAAUAAUGCAUCUUUUAAGGCAAAUUAAGGAUUCUUUUGAAAUUA